UUUAUCCUCCAAUUUUAUAAUCAAGCCAACUGAUUUUUAUUCUAGACUCCUGUAUAAAUUUUCCGACCCACUCUAGAUCUCUCUCACAUCUUCUACCUCUAUUCUCUGAGCCAAUCCCUCUCUUUCCUUCAAGUUCCCAACAGACCAGGAAAUUAAAUAAGUCCUAAUAUAAACAUCGAAUGGACACGCAAAAGAGUCAACCCGACGAGCAAAAGAGUCAACCCGACAAACAAUCGUCGUCUGCUGCUGCUCCCCUAGUCUCGACUUCGUGUAGGAAGAAAAAGAACGAAGAGGCCACCUUCCUUGAAGACUUGAAGGAUCACAUCGAUGAGUUCAUUAAUGCUUCAAUGGAAGAGCACAAAACUUGCUUUAAGAAGACCAUCCAGAAGAUGUUUGGGAUGUCGAAAGUUGUAGCAGAAAGGAGUGCGGCUGAAUCCAAGGAAGCUGAAACCGUGUCGAAAUAAGAUUAUCUUUAGUAAUGUGACUUGUGGACUACAUUUAUAUGCAUUGAGGUUGCACUGAAAUGUAGCUUUUGGUUUGGUCUAAACCGUGUAGCAGUGCUUUCAUUUUGCUUUGGUUACACUUUCCUUUCCUUAAAUUAGUUUUUGAUUUUAUAAUUAUAAAUGCCUAAACCGAUUCUGUAAGUUUUCUGUGGAUUCAUGAACAAGGUUUUGUAAGAAAUGAACUUGUGCUACAGAGAUUGGUAGAAAA